AUGCGAGGAGAAAAUGGGAAAUGUCUUUGCACUGUAGAGAAAGAAAACCUGAGUAGUGAUAACAAGAAUCCAACUUGCGACAAAGGAUAUUUUUCUCCGGUAAAUCGCCUUGAUGAUGUUGACAAUUCCGACAGCAUAAGCCGUGCCAGAGCCGGCGUUUGCGAAAAUCGAGAUAAGCACGUGCUCUUUCAUGUUAAACGGGCCCGGGUUCAGCGUGAAUUCCCACAAACCGAACAACUUAAACUUCCUUUUAGGGAGCACGGCGGCCAUGAACCGUCCGAUGGGGAGAGUGGCCACCUGUACGGAGAUCAUGGUUAUGGAGAGUGGCUCCGUACGGUAGCUGAAGAAGGUGUUGAGAAAGGAGAGGAGCACGCAAGAGAGAAGCCCCAGGAACCACAUGCGGAAAGUCCAGACGGGUAG